AAGAGUGACGAGAGAAGACGCGCGCCCUCAUGCUCCGCUGUCACCACUCGCUCGAACACACACGCGCACACAUUCCCUCAACGUGACACCACACACUCCCCUGUGGUGCUUUGGAGUGGGCUGGGGUGGAAAAAAACAAAACAUGACCCCCUCGUGGUGUGGAGUGGUGUUGACGGUGAUGCUUCUGGCGUUGACGCGACCCUCGUGGGCAGCUGAAUCGUCUGGUCUCUGUAGUGUCAUUGGUCGACUGUUCAUGCCCGACCCUGGUUUCCAAGAUAACGUGAGGAUGUGCUUCAAGUGCCUUGGUCGGGAUGCCUGUCUUGAACCCAAAUACGCGACGGUCCAAAUAUGCAGCCCCGACGUGCACCGCUGCGUCACCAAACUCACUGUCAGCAAGGUCACAGGAGCCAGCGUCUCGGAGCAGUACUGCGGAAGCCCCGAGGUCCUGGAGGACAGCAUGCAGAUGCUGGAGGACAAAUGUUACUCCAACGACAUCAGCUGGGACAGUCGACGUACCCAGACGACCUUCUGCUACUGCUCCCACGACCUCUGUAACGCGUCGUCCCAUCUCCGGGCUCCGUCGUGGUCGUUUCUGUUCGCUUUGGGCGUGUUGGCGAUGCUCUCGACGACCGUGAUUUCUGAGCAUUUCUCGUGACGGAUGCCGACAGUGGGGGACCGAAAAGUAGGAUUUUCUCGGUUCUCUGGUGUUUCGGUCUGGUAUUAUUCCGAAAUUAGAGUUUAUUCUAUAUAUAUAUAUAUUGUUUGCCAAAGACUGAGGUGAAGGAACGAGAUACUGGUAAAUCGCGUGAACAGAUAUUCGCUGGAAUAUGAAUUGUUGCAUUUCCAAGUAGAGGAAAGAGGAUAUGGUGAACAAAGAGACAGUAUUUGUAUAAAGAAGAGACGGAAAUCCCUAGUCACUCCCAGCGGAGAGUCACCAAGCCAGCCUUCCCAACUUCACCUCAACUUGUCCAUGUCACAAAGUGUUCCAUGAACGCACAACGCUCACGUGGUACAAAGAUACGCCUCUCAUACGGUGCGAACUCAUAACGUGUCUGUCCCCCUUUUACCUGCACGAAUGAAUUAAAUACCCUGUUUAGGAAGGAAGAAUUUUUUUAUGCAAUCAUCCGGUACAUAGAACCCCUCCUGAUCAACGUGCAAAAGAAAAAAAAAGAAAGAAAAAAUCGUGUUGCAGAGCGAUUCGCGAUUAAUAGGACAUUCUGUGAUUUUCUGCAUUCCAUUGUGGUGAGAAACUCUGUGAUAACCUCCAUACGGCCAAGCCUAAGCGGAGGCCAGUAGUUAGGAAAGAGAGACCCUGCAUAAGUGAUUUUUUUUCUACUUUUAUAUCCAUGCACUGUAUAUAUAUGUGUGUGUGUGUGUGUGUGUGUGUGUGUGUGUGUGUGUGUGUGUGUGUGUGUGUGUGUGUGUGUGUGUGUGUGUACAUGGCACAUUGGUGUAUCCUUUUUAUCUAGGUAGACAUGUCUGCAACAAAAUCGUGUAGAAUGAUAUUUGAAUGAUAUUUCACAUGGAUUCGAUAUGAUAUUUAUGUUUCCCAGUUCAUUUUUAUCAGACAUUCUAAUUCGGAACAAGUAAAUAGAAUGUUAAUCGCUGUAAGUGAAUCGGUAUUUUAUAAAUUUUAUAACUGUGUAUAAAAUGAGUGAGUAAUUUUGUGCCAAAUAUUUUUUUCGUGGCUAAUUUAAUUUCAUAAUUAUUUUUGAUUUUUAAUGAUAAUCCAAUAUUAAUAUAUUUUCGGUCAAGUUUUUUUAUAUGUGUAUUCAUUAAAAUUAUAGGCUUAAUCGAUAAAUUUUACGAGAAUUAUAAUAGUUUGCAUAUUGGAAGAAUUAAAUGGAAUAGUCAAAUAUAUAAGAAACGACCAUAAAGACAUUGUUAACAUUGUUAAUCAAAUGUGUAUACGUGACGAAAGAAAACUUCAACGCCAAAGAAACUUUACUUCAAACAUAAGGACUCAAACAUGCACUUGACUUUUUCUGAUGUGUUGUGACUACGUAUGGACGUUACAAAUUGUCGUUAUGAUAUAUAUUUAUGAGUGUUAUUUCUGAGUAUCACAUUGUGUACUUAUGACCCUGUGCCUUUGCUAUGUCUGUUGUACUGGCUGAAGAAAAAAAUGAGAUUAUAUGCUUCAGUAUUGUAAUGCAUUUAAAUGAAAUAAAUUAAUUAAAUGAUUAUA